AUGGUUUCGAAAUUCACGCGAGCUGCUUCUGCACCAGCAAGAAGAGCGGCUGCACGCAUGCGUGCGGCCGCGGAAAGUGCCUCUCACGCCUCAGCAGCAGGCGAUUGGUCGCCUGCUGUCGUGAAUCCUCCACCUGGUGAGUCAUUACGUGCGACAGGUACAUCCGUUGCGUCUGCAGAGGGUACCACAAGUCGUAAUCAAGACGAUUCUGGGAUAGAGCUCACCUAUUCUGGCAAUCCAGAUGAUGCAUCCGGCUCGAAGGCGACUCCUCACACCUCGGGAUCACCCGGGGUGGACACUGCAAGAUUCAGUUUGAAUGGCUCUGGUCAACGUGGCGGUAUCAUGCCCGAGAUAUUCGGAUCAAGUGAUUAUUCCGAUGAAUCUCCGCCUCAAGCAAGUCCAUUCAACGAUAGGACGCAUGGGGAUGGUGGUGACGCACCUAUGCAUCUCCGCGAGAGAAACAACUCGAGGGAUCGGGGUAUCACUGGUGUCAGUGCUCAUGGUGGCACCAAUCAAGAGGCCAGGGACCGCGAUAUCCUGCACCACGCUUCUCAAGUGAAGUCUCCUUGGAUGCCGCCAUCCAGAGAGUUGGACCGGUUGGCCGGCAUGACUACCGAACGGGAUCGAAUCCCGUUAUUCGAUUGCAGAAAGAUUUGCCCAUCUGAUUCCAGCACGGAAAAUAUCCGGGCUGAUGAAGAUUUCUUCACCGAUACGUUUUUCAAACAUCGGUAG